AUGUGUGCAGCAUCCCUGCGGUCGGCCUUACGGCCAUGUGCUGGAGCGUCCCUUGCUCGCGCGGGGAAAUCAUUUGUUGCUGUGACGUCGAAUUCACAAAUUCGACAAGCUACUUUCUUCGCGUCGCAAAACAAACGUCCGUCCGCUUACCAGCCGCGAUGGUCCUCUAUUUCCAAGCGAACUGCUACAACCUCGCCUGAGUCACCUCCCUCCGAGUCCGUGCCCACCACCCCAUACUCCGCAUUGACUGUGGGAGUCCCUCUGGAAAUUUUUCCUGGGGAACGCCGUGUGGCAAUAACCCCGCAAAAUGUCGCCCUUCUUCUGAAAAAGGGAGUCUCUCGUGUGCUCAUCCAACGCGGUGCCGGCGAGGGGGCUCAGCUCCUAGAUCAUGCCUACGAAAAGGCCGGUGCGACAAUGGUCGACCGGGAUGCAGUCUGGUCUCAGAGUGAUAUUGUUUUGAAGGUCCGCAGCCCACAAUCAGAUGGCCCCUUCAAUGAAAUUCAGGCUUUACGCAAAGACUCGACGGUUAUCUCUUUCAUGUACCCUCUCCAGAAUAAGCCCCUCGUUGAUGCGCUCGCAGCUCGUGGGGUUACUUCCUUCGCAAUGGACCGCAUUCCUCGGAUUUCUCGUGCGCAAACGUUUGAUGCUCUUAGCUCAAUGGCCAACAUCGCAGGUUACAAGGCAGUGCUGGAGGCUUCUAACCACUUCGGUCGCUUCUUGACUGGUCAGGUUACUGCAGCUGGAAAGAUUCCCCCAAGUAAGGUUCUCGUUAUUGGUGCUGGCGUAGCUGGUUUGAGCGCAAUCGCGUCGGCCCGUCGCAUGGGUGCUAUCGUUCGUGGCUUUGAUACCCGUCCUGCUGUUCGCGAGCAAGUCCAGUCUUUAGGCGCCGAGUUCAUCGAGGUUGAUUUCCAAGAGGAUGGCUCAGGCCAGGGUGGAUACGCUAAAGAAAUGUCCAAGGAAUUCAUCGAAGCUGAAAUGAAACUGUUCAUGGAGCAAGCUAAAGAGGUUGAUAUCAUCAUCACCACGGCCCUGAUCCCCGGCAAGCCCGCACCGAAGCUCAUCACCAAGGAAAUGGUCGCUGCAAUGAAGCCUGGCUCUGUCAUCGUUGAUCUUGCGGCAGAGGCAGGUGGAAACUGCGAAGCUACCGUUCCCGGGGAGCUGAGCAGCUACAAGGACGUUACUAUCAUCGGCUACACGGAUCUUCCCUCGCGACUCCCGACUCAAUCUUCCACGCUAUACUCGAAUAACAUCAUCAAGUACCUCCUCUCUAUGGCUCCCCAGGAGAAGUCGUUUGGUAUUGACUUUAAAGAUGAAGUCGUGCGUGGUUCUAUUGUAACCCUGAACGGUGAGAUCAUUCCCCCUGCUGCACCGGCUGCUCCACCUCCAACCCCAAAGCCCGAGGCACAAGCUGUCGCGGCGAAGGAGGAAGUGGCCUUGACGCCAUGGCAAAAGGCAACCCGCGAUGUGGCUGCGGUCACAGGCGCAAUGGGCACGACUUUGGCUCUCGGAAAGGCAACUGGUCCAAUCUUUAUGGGCAACAUGAUGACCUUUGGACUUGCUGGCUUGGUCGGCUAUCGCGCCGUGUGGGGUGUAGCCCCUGCACUCCACUCGCCGCUGAUGAGUGUCACCAACGCUAUUUCGGGUAUGGUCGGUAUUGGCGGACUGUUCAUUAUGGGAGGAGGCUAUGUGCCGACUACAAUCCCUGAAUAUCUCGGCGCUGCCUCUGUACUUCUGGCAUUUGUGAAUGUUUCCGGCGGCUUUGUGGUCACGAAGCGUAUGCUGGAUAUGUUCAAGCGUCCAACUGAUCCUCCCGAGUACCCGUGGCUGUACGCCGUGCCUGCUGUGGUGUUUGGCGGUGGCUUCAUCGCAGCUGCUACCACAGGCAUGUCUGGUCUGGUUCAAGCUGGAUAUCUGGUUAGCACACUUUUGUGUAUGGGCUCAAUUUCUGGGCUAGCAUCGCAGCAAACCGCGCGACGAGGCAAUAUCUUUGGUAUCCUGGGAGUAGUCUCCGGUAUUCUGGCUUCAUUGGCUGCGGUUGGCUUCUCUCCUGAAACGCUUACACAGUUUACGGCGGUUGCUGGAACAGGAGCUGUGAUCGGAGGCUUGAUCGGCCGUCGCAUCACGCCAACAGGUCUUCCCCAAACGGUUGCUGCUCUCCACUCGGUGGUGGGAUUGGCUGCUGUUCUGACUAGUGCUGGAAGUGUCAUGGCCGAUAUCGGCGAUAUUACAACUCUACACCUGACGACCGCCUACCUGGGUGUUCUGAUUGGUGGUGUCACAUUUACUGGAUCUAUUGUCGCUUUCCUGAAGCUGGCUGGACGCAUGUCCUCCCGGCCGACGAUCCUGCCUGGCCGACACGUUAUCAAUUCCACACUACUGGGCAGUAACAUUGCCACCAUGGGAGCGUUCAUUACAAUGGCACCAGGAAGCCCUGCAAUUGCAGCUACCUGUCUGGGUGCAAGCACCAUCCUCAGUUUCCUAAAGGGAUUCACCACGACAGCAGCUAUUGGUGGUGCUGAUAUGCCUGUCGUCAUCACGGUGUUGAACGCUUAUUCCGGAUUCGCCCUCGUGGCCGAGGGUCUGAUGCUCGACAAUCCACUUCUCACCAGUGUCGGCUCUUUGAUUGGUGUCAGCGGUUCUAUUCUCUCCUACAUUAUGUGCGUCAACAUGAAUCGGUCGUUGGCAAAUGUUCUCUUUGGUGGUAUCUCGAGUCCUGCGGCGCAGAAUCAGAAGAAGAUUGAGGGCGAAGUCACACAAACUAGCAUCGAUGACACAGUGGAAGCUCUGUCAGGUGCUGAGAAUGUCAUCAUUGUCGUUGGUUAUGGUAUGGCUGUUGCCAAGGCUCAGUAUGCUCUUUCGGAGAUUGUUCGCCUGUUGCGUUCCCGGGGCGUCAACGUUCGCUUUGCCAUUCACCCUGUUGCGGGCCGAAUGCCUGGCCAAUGCAAUGUUUUGCUUGCUGAGGCAUCUGUUCCAUACGAUAUCGUCUUGGAGAUGGAGGAGAUCAAUGAAGACUUCUCUGACACCGAUGUCACUCUCGUCAUCGGUGCCAAUGAUACUGUGAACCCCAUCGCCAUGGAGCCAGACUCUGCUAUCUCCGGCAUGCCUGUCCUCCACGCAUGGAAGAGUAAGGAGGUUAUUGUGAUGAAGCGUGGAAUGUCCAGCGGAUAUGCGGAUGUUCCAAACCCCAUGUUCUUCAUGCCCGGUACGCGAAUGCUAUUCGGUGAUGCUAAGACUUCUUGCGAUGCUAUCAAAGCUGCCCUGGAGGCACGCAAGUAG